AGCUGUGUUUCAUUGAACCCAGAGAGAACUGUGCAUGUAACUGCAUGUCAUAUAGGUCAUACUUUGAAGGAGAGACUCAAAGGUGCGUUCAGCACUCAGAAGUUGACAAGUUGUUGGAGUUGUAUUGACGGUCCUGCACCAGUGGAUUUUGUUCAGAGCAGUGUGAUCAUGAAGGUGCCUCCCUUAGCUCUGCUCACCUUUACUCUACUCUUGAAUGAACUAACCAGUGCCUCUGUGGGGAAAAUACUAGUUUUCCCAUUGGACGGAAGCCACUGGGUAAACAUGAAAGUACUCAUUGAGGUGCUGCAUGCCAAAGGCCAUGAGGUCACCGUGCUCAGGCCGUAUGACAGCUGGUACAUCAGUGAAAAAUCUCCUUUCUACACCUCCAUCACACUUCCAAGCACGGGUGGCUUCGAGGAAAACUUUGAAACCUUUCUGUUGCCACAGCUAGCGAUCCGGUUACAGAGUAAGUCUAUGUCUCCUUUGUCUCUCAUCUGGACCCAUAUUAAAUUGCAGUGGAUGAUUAUAAACCAGUUCUCCGAGUUCCACAAGAGAGUGAGCGAUAUGGUCGUUCAGAUGUUUGAGGACGAAAACCUGAUGCGUUCCCUUAACAAUGCCAAAUAUGACCUGGUUUUAACCGACCCUGGCAUCGGUGGAGGGGCCAUGCUGGCACGUCGUCUUCAAGUUCCCCUUGUUUUCAAUGUCAGAUGGACCAUUCAAGGUGAAGCUCAUCUUCUCAUUGCUCCUUCCCCUCUAUCAUACGUUCCUUUCGUCGCAACAGAGCUGACAGACAGGAUGACCUUCCCUCAGCGAAUCAAGAAUUUUGUGAGUUAUGUUGUCGGGAUGUACACCAUGUCCUGCAUCACAGAACCUCAAUACAAACCUGUGGUUAGGAAGUACUUUGGCCCUGAUGUGGAUUACUCAACGUUCUUCCUGGAAGCUGAUAUAUGGCUUAUGAGGAAUGAUUUUGUCUUUGAUUAUCCACGUCCUACGAUGCCUAAUAUCGUCUACAUGGGUGGAUUUCAGUGCAAGCCACAGAAGGCCCUGCCCGAGGACCUGGAGAAGUUUGUCCAGAGCUCCGGAGAUCACGGGGUCGUUGUGAUGACCUUAGGAACUUUAGUCGGCAAGCUUCCCCAAGAUGUUGCAGAGGAGAUUGCGGCAGCCUUCGCUCAGCUGCCUCAGAAAGUUGUUUGGAGGUAUGUUGGAGAAAGGCCUGUCAACCUGGGUAACAACACAUUACUGGUCAACUGGUUGCCACAGAAUGACCUCUUAGGACAUCCCAAAACUAGGGCGUUUGUUUGCCACGGCGGCACCAAUGGCGUACAAGAAGCAAUUUACCAUGGGGUGCCUGUAGUCGGCCUACCCUUAUUCUUCGAUCAGCCUGAUAACCUCUCCAAAAUCAAAGCGAGGGGAGGAGCUGUGAAUGUGGACAUUGCCAUGCUCGAUAGGCACAUCUUUGAAGAUGCACUAAGGGCAGUUCUCUACAACUCCUCUUACAGAGAAAACAUGCAGAGACUCUCGAGGCUACACAGAGACCAGCCCAUGAAACCACUGGACCGGGCAGUGUUUUGGAUAGAAUUUGUAAUGAGGCACAAAGGAGCCCCUCACCUGCAGACACAAGCCAACAAAAUGUCCUGGUUUGUUUACAACUCUGUUGAUGUCAUCACUGCUUUGUUGGCAGCUGUUUUGCUUUUAACAUUCACCGGCAUGUCAGUUGUAAGAUUAGUGUGGAGAAAGAUUUUUGUUGGAAAAAAGGUCAAACCUGAAUAAAUAAAUGAAAUGUUUGUUAAAUCCAAGCAUUUCUAGACAUGAUCCCAACAAGUCUCUAUGUGUGAUCCACUGGUUUAGGAUUGUAUCAAGUACAAACAUGUGAGGAUGACUUAAGGUUCUCAAAAUCAAUAUUAAUAAAGUAAAUUCUCUUUUGUUUAUGAGUUUGUUUGCAACAUCUUAUACACAGGAGCAUACAGGAGGAACAGCAACAUAAAGUAUCCAUCCAUCCAGCAGCUAUAUGUCUCUGGAGUCAAAGUCUGAGAGCAGUGAACUUAAACCAGGUGACCUUAAGAUUAACUUGUUGAUUGACCAACAUCCCUGUGUGUGCGUGUGUGUUUCCAUAAUGUGUGGUGUUCAAAGGAAUUGUCUCAAUCACUUCUGGACCUGCACCCUUAUGUAUUGUGUAAUUUGUGUUAAAGCUCAUCCUUGAGUUUUAAAUCAACAAUUUGGUCUGUCUUGUUUGAGUUGUAUCAGCUACUUUUCAUUUUUCCUCUUUACUGUUCUUCAAUUUUGUUUAUUCCUGUGUGCAUACUAGGUAUAAUAUUAGCAAUUGUGCGUGGGUUUAAAUUUAACCAACACUGAGACUGUGAGUUUCUGUGUAACAUAAUUGAAUUGCAGACCUCAACUGAUAGUUUUCAAGAUGUAUUUCUUUUGAUUUUACAUUUUGUUAUAUUGAAAUCAAUCAGUUUCUGUACAGGUCCGGGUUUGAACAGUAGGUGGCAGCAUAAUGUUCUGCCAUGGGAUUAAGGAAUCAUGAAGUUCCUUUUCCUUGCAUAGAUGAUUUAAAAUGUAAGCAUUAUCUCUUCAAAUGUGUUAUCCUACAGCCAUUUGUUAAAUUAUGAUGUGAUAUCUUACACAUUAUCAAAAUGUAUUAAUCGUAAAUUUAGACUAUUGUCCCUGUUUCCCAUGUCUGUGAGAGAAACCUGGUUCCUCAUAUCUCUGAAUGAAUCCAACAUUAUCCGGAUCACUGAUUGUCUGUGCAAGAGCGACACUGACUUCUAUAUGUCCUGGAUAAUUUUUCAUUAUUAUAAUCAACAGUGACCUGUCUGAUAUUAUGUUAAU